AUGGAUGAUCUGUUAGAGGUGAAUAAGAGAUUAUCAAUGAAAGUGAAGUUGAAAAAUGAUAUGGCGGCUGAAUAUCUUGAUGAAAUCGCAUACCUUGGAUCUGUUAUUGUUCAGCUUCGGGAAGAAAGGCAACAAGAAAUCUCAAAUGUGAGGGACAGUUCCAAAUUGUCACCCUGUCGAGUUGAUGAUUCUUUAUCAGAAGAUGAGGAAGUCGCCUUAUUGACUGAGAAGGUUAAUGCUCGUGAGAAACGUGUAGCUCAGUUGACGGAACAAUUGAAGGCGUUCGAAGAAGUUGUGGCUCAAAAUUGUGAGGUUUCUGACAACGAUGAUGAGGUGGACAGUAGUGCACUGUCGGACGAAGUUAAACGGUUGAAAGAUGAAAUAUCCAUGGUGAAAACUACUACGGAACAGGAGGAGUCAAAGCAUCGUCUACGAAUCCUUGAGCUAGAAGAGGGUCGUGAUAGUUUGCGGAAAGAUAUUACUGAACUGGAACGUCAACUAAAGGAAUGUCUAUCAGAACUACGGGACACUCAAGUUCACUAUGAAGCCUUGAAAACCCAAUUCAAUGCUACGAGAAAUGAACGCGGGAAUUCUGCAUUUGCUGAGAUUGAAGAUCGACGCCGACGUGGUGAAAAACUGAUUGCUCGACAGCGGGAAAUGAUCUGUGAAUUGAAAGAAGAUUUGCAGCGUUCAGAAACAGAAAAUAAGCGUAUAUUUAAUGAAUACAUGGCGGAAAUGAGGAAAAAGUACUUCAAACGGGAUGCAGUAAAUAAAUUAUUAGCUGAAAGAGAGCGUUUACUCCAGGAGAAUGCAAAACUUACUUAUGAAUUACAAAGUUUUGAAGAAAUGGAGUUGGAUCGGAACUGGGAAACUGUGAAGGUGGCAAGAGCAUUCAAUCUCGUGGAUGAGAGUUGCGAGAAAAGAGUAUCUACUACAGUAAAUCGCUGUAAGUCUUUAAAACAAGCCCUUAACGAAACCGUACAAAGCCAAAUGAAAAGUCGUCAACGUUUGGUUGAUAUAGCUCUAGCGAAUCGUGACCUUCAAGAUGAAAUAUGGCACUAUACAGCUAUGAAUUCAUCUCUGUCUUCAGAAAUUGCAGAACUUCAGAGUGAACUUGCCAGUUUACAGAAGGAAAAUCACUGUGGUAAUGAAAAUGCCGAUGCUGUGAAUUCGAAGCCAAAGAGAUUUCGUGCAUCGGAUUCAGAUGAAAUUGAUAAACUCUAUUUAAGAAAUCAAGAUCUUAAUAAAGUGGAGACGAAUAAAAUUGAAUCACAAGGAAAAGAAGAAGAAAACGAUUCAGCUAAAUUAUCCCUGAGAAAUGAUGGAGAUUCGACGGCGACUACUACUCCUAGUAGUAGUAGUAGUAGUAGUAGUGGAAGUGACGGAAUCGUGCCAGUGGUGGAACCUACAAGGAUUGUUCCAUGCGAAGAAGUACCACAGGAAUGAUAAAUAAAAUUUUCUUCCAUCACCAUCACAGAUUACGUGGCAAUGUUCGUGUUUUUUUGAUAAUAGAUUGAUCGCCAGAAAUGCCUUUCUUUCCUUAGAAACUACUAUUGUAGUUAUUAUCAUUAUUAUUUUUAUUAUUAUUAAUAUUACUCGGUGAAUAAAAACCCUUAUUUUGUUAUAAAUUACUCCAACAUACUCUCGACUAUUCUCUGUGCUAUUUCUUUUAUCUGUUCUUUGUUUUUGCAUAUUUUGUGGUAAAAAAAGAUAAAUAGAAAUUGUAAAUAUCCCUUCUUGUUGUAUCUGAUUCGCGUACAUUGAUAUUCUAUGUGUUAUGAUGUGCUAGCCAAUUUGACAGUUAGUAUAUAGUCUCAUGGUGUAGUUGGCAUUCGAAGGUGAUGAAUACUCUGCUGCAGAUAUGCAGCGCUGAUGUGUGUGUUGUUCAACGUUUAGGUGAACGGCAACAUAUAUGGUGAGAUGAUGUAAAUAAUUGACUGUUAUUCUCUUUUCUCUAAGUUGGAUGGCAAUGUAUAGAAGUCGACAUAUGUAAGAGGAACAUUUGUAAAAUCUCAGAGAAAUUGACAUAUAAGUUGGAAAUGCUUAGUUCCAACGUUCCCUGUGUUCGCCAAACUGGUCUGAACUUCUUCAGGGAAAUUAAUAUAAGAAAGGUGUAUAUAUAUAU